CCAACUUGACGAGGAUUUCAAGGUCAGUGGGUGUGUCCUCCAUAACAAACUUAUCUCGUGUUGAUCAGCAGUCUACCUACCGUGUGCUUCGUGCUGAACUGCUGUCUUGUUCGCAAAAACGUGGAACUACCCGCAACCCUACUGCUGAGUCAUCAAAAUGCCUCUGCUGUCGAACCGACCGAGAGUCAAACCGUUACCAAGGCGCAGACCUCCGCCUCCUCCACCUCAGCAGCAAAUCACCCAACAGCAGCAAAUCACCCAACAGACAUGUGAUGCCGGAGGCGGCCAGGAACAAGUCAAGGACCCAGUAAAGGAGAAAGAACUCCGCGCUAAAGCAGUUGCCCACACAUUUGAGGCCCUUAAAAACCACCACCGUGUGUACAGUGUUGAAAUCCUGUCCCACCACGGCGGUGACAAGGACCCCAAACCUCCCCCGGACACCAUCACCAUCAAAACAGGAGCCGACGGGAAAGAAGAGCUCCACCUUGGCCAACACGUCGUGCACAACUGGAACUGGGACAGAAACCCCACCAACACCCUGACGUUCAAGAAGGGAGAUCUCGGCGGGCACAUCGCCUUUCCGCACGACGAGAGUGUUCAGGGCUUUGGGACGAUCAGAAGCGCCCUGACGUCAUUCUCUGUCAAGACGACAUUGAAACCUGUCACUUACGAGUGCGCGUUCUCCAGUGACGCCGGGGCGUACGUCAGAGAGGAAGGUACUGCGCUGAAGCUGGUCUGGGAUGCUUCAGCAGACAAAUGGAAAAACGCAACGUGGGAAAACAACGUUCUAAGCUUCACCUACGGCAUAGAGGAGAGCUUGUUCAUCGGACAGAAGAACUACGAUGUCAUCGUCAGUUUCGAGGAUCUGCAGACGAAGGUGACGUACAAACCCGCAAAAGGAGACUUUUAUUUCGUCCUCACCGCUGAGUUCCAGGCGGUGUUUGAACACGCGAACAGCGUAGUUCCCAUCCCUUCCAAUCCUCGGAGCGACGGAAAGCACGUUUUCCCGUAUCAGCUAGAGUUCACCUUCAACCCUGUAGCAUCCGGCUUCGACGGCGCUGUCCUGACCAAGGCGCUGGAUGCAGCAACCGGUGAAGUGUACGCAGUCCAGGCAGUAGUCCAGAAGACUGUGAGUGGGAUGUUCUUGAUGGCAGCUCCGAACAACGAGAACUCCUUGGUCGAAGUGAGUCACGGAAGGCUGAUGGUCGGUAACGAGGCCGUACCGAGUAGUAAGCAGGUUGGAGACAAAAUCACCUGGGAUUCCAUGCCGACGCACUUGGCCGAAGCGACCGAUCUCCCUCCGGCAGGCACUCUUCACUUCCCAGAAAACACCUCUGAGGUAAACCUCAGUGCUGCCACGGAAACGGCUGUAAACCCCGAUACGAAUGUUACAGGCUCCGCACUCCGCGCCUUCCAACCGAUGUCGUUCGUCGCCAUGGCAUCAAGUGUGCCUCUCAACGGCGAAGACCUCUUGAACAUGUCCCAGUUCAAACAGGACGGCAAUGGCAACUACUACGACUACAUCCAACAAGAAUCGAUGCAAGACUUCUACACGAUCAUACAGUAUUACAUGGACUCAGACCUCCGGGAGAAAUUCAUGGGAAUGAACAACCCUCCAACUUUGGAUGCUUCGGUCAAACAGAUAGCGGACACCAACGGCAGUCCCACAGACGAACAGAAAGCAAACGGAGACGACGGAGUCGCCAGUACCUGGUACAAGACUCUCAGCGUUGCCUACCUUACCCAGGCGCUUCCUUCCAUAUUCGCUAGCGACGAUUACGCCGGGAAGCUGAACACAGUGCGAGCAAAGCAGUGGCUGAAGACGGAGACGUCAACAUCGAGUGUCUACACCGUCCAGUCUUCUGAUCUGUACAAAAACCGCUGGAUAGAGCACAUACCGUUGACGGGCCAGUACAUCGUCGAUCAGCUACAAAACAAGACCACGUACGCAGCGUACAUUGAACAGGAUGAAAUUACCUGGAAGGCAGAGAUCGAAGCUACUGUCGAAGAUUCUGACAACCAAGAUUCGAUGAAGACCAUCAUCGAAAGGCUGGUAACGUUGGGAAAAGGAGGAAAGUAUUGGGCGUAUUGGCUGUUCCGUGACCUCACCCAGCCCUCUGCUUUACAGAUGCUACAGAUGCUGUCUAUCGGAGGGGCUGCCGCGUUGGACGGAUCCGCAUUCUCCAGAAGAAUCCAACAGAACUGUGCAAUGCUUGGCAUUCUUGACAGCAGUGCCGAGUUUCAGCAGCAGUACGUCAAAGUCAUCCAGAUAUUCCAGCUCACCAACAUCCUGCCACAGCUCCUGGACUUCAGUGGCGACAUGACACACUACAGCUAUGCUGUCAUGGAGAUUCUACAGGCAUUCCAGGAAAAGUACAUCGACAGCACAGACCCACAGAUGCAAGAUGCAGCUAAAGAAAUCGCGGCCAAUAUGAGCCAGCAUGCCGUUGAAGAUCUGCUCUCCGUGUUGCAAGUAUCAGCAGCACAGAUGAAGUCCGACUACAGUCUGUCCAAGCUAUUGAAGUCAUUAGACUUUGAUAAAGUCCCGCUGGGAAAAGUGCUGGGAAAAUUGGUGACAGGCGCAGCACUCUCUGCCGGGAUAAUGAUGUUCUACUUCGGAGUCCUAGACUGGAGCCAACUUAACACCACAGACAAGGUGCAAGUGGUCAGCCAAGGGGCGGUGCUGUUUACAGAGGUAGCCGGUGGAAUAUUAAAGAGAGGAGCCUCCAUUUAUGAGCUGUGGGGCUCGGAAGCCAUGGGCUGGAAGAAUGCCGGUAAGAUUCUCCUGACUGGCGACUGCCAGGAGUCCAUGACCCGAGCUUCCAACGGUUUCUCCAAGUGGCUGCUGCAGAGGAAAGGGCAGGUGGAAGUCGGAGUGGAUGCUGCAGCUGCUUCCGAAGAGGCCAUCGUGGCAGGUGAAGAAGACAUGACCUUAAUGCAGAACUUGUUCGGGCGGAACAUGGAGGAGUUCAUGGCCACGCGAUUCGGGGCAGCGGUCGCCAUCCUGGGGCUGGUCUUCGGUGCCAUAGCCCUCAGCAGGUCGCAAUCGAAGCUGGAAGAGGUGGGAAAUGCCCUUGGCGUCACUGCAUCAGCGCUGCAGCUCUGCGCAACAAUGGGAGCCUGGCUGCUGCCGGAAACCGUGGCCGGAGUCGAGGCAGCAACGAUCUGCUCCUGCCUGGGGGCUCUUGCAAUCGCAGCGGCUAUCGUAGGAGUCAUCAUACUCGUCAUAGCCAUGAAGGAGCACCACGCAACUCCCAUAGAAACUUUUGCGAAAAACCAAGCAAAGGCCGCCGGCCUGUACAUGGAAUACGGGGCAGACAUCGACAGCUUCCAGAAGUAUCAACCAACUGGCGAGUUGGAGAAGGAGGGAGUCAGUCUCCUUAUGGGGGGCUCCUCAAGCCAGUACAUGAAGUUUAGCCUGGACGGGACUUUGGCUCUUGCAGAGACAACGAAUGGCCCCGACACCGUCUUCUAUCUCAUAACCGACGCCUACGGUCGCGCCAAGUUCAUAGCCAACUUGCCGAACGCAGACAAUUCGGCGAUCGAAUCCAAGGUUCUGACAAUAGACGGAACGGGAAGCCUGUCAGGGGCGAGUCUGUUGACUGGAAGCUCAGCCGACCAGCAACUUUGGGUCGCUGAGAUCCAGGGGUCGGUGAAUCGUGACAGCGACGACCAUUUGCAGUCCGCCUCCUUCAAGUUCUACAGCUACUACUGGUACAAGAACCACAGUAAGAAGUAUUACCUGGGAGAGUCGAACAACGUCCCGUCGGCGUCGGAGUCCAACCAGCAGGAGUGGACGGUCAGCAUGGCCUCGACCAAGCCGGUCGGGCUCAGCAUGGACAACAUCAUUCUCUACACCUACCAGAAUGACCAAACGUUCCAACCGACCCUCCUGAACCCAGGCAGUGACUCCAAGACGUGGUCCAUCAGCCCCGCCCUGCCAGACUUCAUGGAGCUGGACACGUCCACCGGUGCGGUCUCCCAGAAGAGCGGGACGACACCUACCGUCACCGCCUCGAGCACCUACACCCUGACUGUGGAGAACAAGCUCGGGUCGUCAUCCACAACAUUCACGUUCGAAGUGCAAAAAUUAACUUUCUAGACAAGCUAAAGGAGAAAUGGCCUUCCUCUGUCCGUUAAGUACACAAUACUUGGCUGGGUGGCUUGGUGUCAUUGAUAGCAGCAAUCUUUCAUAUAGUACAGUAUCAUAUAGUCACAUAGUAUUAUGGAAGCUACUCAUACCCAUCUUUGAACUUAUAAGUUACCUACAUUUUCCAUUUCACAUUGAUUCAAAGAUGUAUGAAAUAAAGGAUAUAAGUGGCAUAGUGUCUUGGUGAAGGUUGCUUUUCAAUAUUGAAGUACUACUAGAUACAUAAAGGUAGAUCAAGAUACAUCGGUUAUAGGUUGAUAUUUACAAUGUACGGCAUUUUGAGAACAAGUAACGUGUAUGUAAGGUAUUGGGUUGCAUCUUUAUUUUUUCCUAAUACCUAUGCAAAAAAGAACAAUCCAAUAUUGUAUUGAAGCAUUUAUCGUUAUACUAUAUAUAUAUAUAUAUACUUAAAAGUGAUUUUGUUCUGUCUCUCUUAAAUUUCACCAAUGUUGUAUCUUCUUCUGUGAGCACUAUACAGCAGAUGACUGCACACCACACGCCUUCGUACCAAUAUCCUUGCGGGACUGAAAAAAUGACAAAAACAGAGAAAGACACGAGGACACGGCCUUGACACAACAAC